AUGAAAUCCAGAAAGCUAUUGUCACUGGUCCCCCUCGUGGGUGUAUCCCACGCCCUCAAUGCAACGUCCCUCACAAGUCAAUACCUCGGUGCUGAUGCCCCUUGGUACACUUCCCGAAUCCCGCUAUUCGAAACCUCGGUCUCGUCAAUUGAGGAAGUCUACUAUUACCGCUGGUCCAUCUUCCGUGCACACCAGCGCGAUCUAGGAUCCCUUGGGUAUAUAUCCACCGAGUUCAUCAAUGACGUCUCGUGGCAGACUUCCCCAUGGGGGAUUUUGAUUGAUGCAGCCAACUUCCAUCUCCGGGAAGGACGCUGGUGUCGAGACCGUCGGUUCAAGGAGGAUUACGCUGAUACUCUCUUUGGACCGAAUACAUACCCCUAUCAGUUCUCAGAGGUCUUGGCCGAUGGCGUCUGGGCGGGCUACCUGGUGGACGGAGUGAUUGACGAUGCCGUACAACGUUUAGAGGCUAUGGUCAGUGUCUACGAGGGGUGGAGCGACGAAAAUGCAACGGGUGGCGUUGGCGGCUACGAUGAGAGCAAAGGGCUCUACUGGAUCCAGCCCUUGGAUGAUGCGACAGAGUACACGAUCUCUAGCAUCGACGCGAGCGGUGGGUAUGAUGGGUUUUUUGGGGGCGAGGCGUUCAGGCCGAGCAUCAACGCCUACCAGUUCGCCAACGCGAAAGCGAUCUCAAAUCUCGCAGCCUCGUCGGGCAACGAGGAUCUCGCGGACGAGUACAACGCCAAAGCAGAAACUAUCAAGUCCCUUGUCCAGCAAUAUCUAUGGAACACUACCUUCAACCACUUCAUCGACCGGUUCUACGUCAACAAUGAGAACGUCACAUACUGGGAUCCGAUCCGGGGACGAGAGCUAGUCGGGUACGUGCCCUGGACGCAUGACCUGCCAGACGACAAUGAAACGUAUGCCCAGGCCUGGAGCCAUAUCCUCGACAGUGAGAAACUGGCUGGAUCGCAUGGGCUGCGCACCAACGAGCCCAGUUACGAGUACUACAUGAGGCAAUACCGCUAUGAAGGCUCCAACCCGGAAUGCCAGUGGAACGGACCUUCGUGGCCGUACCAGACGACUCAGGUUCUGACAGGACUCGCCAAUCUCCUCGAUCAUUACCCAGUCUCGUCGGCGGCGGGCAUAAUCAGUAAGAAGGACUACAACAGCCUCUUGACGCAGUACGCGAAUCUCCACUAUAACCCCUCGUACGACGGUAUCCUGAACCUAGAGGAAGACUACAACGCCGACACGGGCGUCCCAAUUGUCGGCCUCGCAAGAAGUCCGCACUAUUUCCACUCCGGCUUUAUCGAUCAGGUCAUUUCCGGGUUUGUCGGGAUCAGACCGUCUGCUGAAGAUGUGCUUGACGUGAACCCGCUAGCGGAUGCCGACGAAGUCUCUUACUUCCGUCUUGAGAACGUGCUCUAUCAUGGACACGAUGUUUCUGUGCAAUGGGAUGCAGAUGGAACCCGAUACGGCUCGUCAGGGCUCCAGGUCGAGGUCGACGGCGAGGUUGUCGCAAGUUCCGACACAUUGUCCCGGCUCUCGGUCAAUAUCACUCGCGUGGUUCCCCCUGCUAUCGACCGUCCUAUCGCAAAAUCUAUCCAGCUGGGCCUUGACACGGAAUACCCUGUCGGAAAUGUAUCUGUUCCUGGAGUUGACGCGUCUGACAUCCAUUUCGUCAUUGAUGGGCGCGUAUGGUUUUACCCCGAAAUUCAAAAUUGGUGGGACACGCCAAUUGGUAGUGGCGAGGAGAUCUGGUACGAGAUCAAUUUCGGAGAAGCCGUAAAGGUGACGAGGGCAGAGAUCGCAUUCGCGGUUGUUGAGGAGGCGAAUGUCGAUAUCCCCAACAGCUAUCGUUUUGAGUGCCUAGACGGGGAUGAGUGGGUAGGUCUCGAUAUCGAUGGGGAGUGA